CUGUUGUGGGGGAGGAGCCAGCGGCCGGGGAGGUUCUAGUCUGUUCUGCCUCGCGGCAGCCGCCCCCUUCGCCUUGGUCACGUUGAGCCGCUCCCGGUCCUGGCCUCCGGCCUCCGCAGCCGCCCACCACCCGCAGCUCCAGCCUCCCCGCCAUGGAUCCCCGCAAAGUGAGCGAGCUUCGGGCCUUCGUGAAGAUGUGUAGACAGGACCCGAGCGUCCUGCACACCGAGGAAAUGCGCUUCCUGAGGGAGUGGGUGGAGAGCAUGGGGGGUAAAGUACCACCUGCUACUCAUAAAGCCAAGUCAGAAGAGAAUAUCAAGGAAGAAAAAAGAGACAAGACAACAGAGGAAAACAUAAAGACGGAGGAGCCAUCGAGUGAGGAGAGCGAUCUAGAAAUUGACAAUGAAGGUGUAAUUGAACCAGACACUGAUGCCCCUCAGGAAAUGGGAGAUGAAAAUGCAGAGAUAACUGAGGAGAUGAUGGAUGAAGCAAAUGAGAAGAAAGGAGCUGCUAUUGAAGCCCUAAAUGAUGGUGACCUUCAGAAAGCCAUUGACUUGUUCACAGAUGCCAUCAAGUUAAAUCCUCGCUUAGCUAUUCUGUAUGCCAAGAGAGCCAGUGUCUUCGUCAAAUUACAGAAGCCAAAUGCUGCCAUCCGAGACUGUGACAGAGCUAUUGAAAUAAAUCCUGAUUCAGCUCAGCCAUACAAAUGGCGAGGGAAAGCACACAGACUCCUGGGUCACUGGGAAGAAGCAGCUCAUGAUCUUGCCCUUGCCUGUAAACUGGAUUAUGACGAGGAUGCCAGUGCAAUGCUGAAAGAAGUCCAACCUCGGGCUCAAAAAAUUGCUGAGCAUCGGAGAAAGUAUGAGCGAAAACGUGAAGAGCGAGAGAUAAAAGAACGAAUAGAAAGGGUGAAGAAGGCUCGAGAAGAGCAUGAAAGAGCCCAAAGGGAAGAAGAAACCAGAAGACAAUCUGGAUCUCAGUAUGGCUCUUUUCCAGGUGGUUUUCCUGGGGGAAUGCCUGGUAAUUUUCCUGGAGGAAUGCCUGGAAUGGCAGGGGCCAUGCCGGGAAUGGCAGGGAUGGCAGGGAUGGCAGGGAUGCCUGGGCUUAACGAAAUCCUCAGUGAUCCAGAGGUUCUUGCUGCCAUGCAGGAUCCAGAAGUUAUGGUGGCCUUCCAGGAUGUGGCCCAGAACCCAUCAAAUAUGUCAAAGUAUCAGAGCAACCCAAAGGUUAUGAAUCUCAUCAGUAAAUUGUCAGCAAAGUUUGGAGGUCAAUCAUAAUGUCAAAGCCCUCGCUGAAUGAAGAACAGCUCAGCUCACUUACUGGAUGUUGCAAUAAUACAAACCAGUGUACCUCUGACCUUACUGGGAGAGUUGGGGCGCUUUGAUGAUAAUCCCUACCCUCUGCAUCAAAUGUGGCUGAGGCAUUUUACAGUGGUUUGCCAUUAGAGUGUUCAUUCAGAUAAUGUUUUCGUACUAGGAAUUAUAAACUUAAAACAUUUUUCAACCUUAAACAUAUUUUGUAAAAAUUUAGGGAAUGUCAAUUCCUGCAUUUUUCUUUACUAAUCUCUUGGGGUUUUUCCUUUUGAAUUACUGGGCAAGCAAGGUGAAUGUGAUGAUUUACUGCUUUCAUGAAUGAAAUAAAGAUUUGUUAGUGGGAAGCAAAUAAAACACAUUUAAGUUGAUUGAGUUGGA